GCCAGGUUCUCUCAAAGCUCUACGCGAGGCAGGCGGUAGGCGCGUAUCACUCCAAAGCUCUUCCUAUAAAGUGCCACUCUAGGAGUAAAGAUGUACAGAACUACAAGGUCCCCAAUGAUGCAGCCGCUGGUCAACUCAGGAAUGGGCAUGGCUCCUUUCUUCAAGGUGACUGUGUUCGAGCAGGAGCAUUUCCAAGGCAAGUGCCUGGAGUUCACCUCCGAGUGCUGCAACAUUCAGGAGUGCGGACUGGACAACAUCCGCUCCAUUAGGGUGGAGAGCGGAGCCUGGGUGGGCUUUGAGCACCAUGACUUCCAGGGCCAGCAGUUCAUCCUGGAGAGAGGAGAGUACCCCCACUGGGACGCUUACAGUGGCUCCCUCUCCUACCACGUGGAGCGCUUCAUGUCUCUGCGCCCCAUCUACUGCGCCUCCCACCAGAGCAGCCGCAUGAUCAUCUUUGAGAAGGAGAACUUCAUGGGCCGCAGUGUGGAGAUCUGUGACGACUACCCCUCUCUGCAGGCCAUGGGCUGGAUGAUGCCUGAAGUUGGCUCCAUGCACGUGCAGUGUGGCGCCUUUGUGUGCUACCAGCACCCUGGCUACAGGGGCCAGCAGUACAUCAUGGAGUGCGAGAGACACAGUGGAGACUACCAGCACUGGAGGAACUGGGGCUCCCACUGUCAGACCCCCCAGAUCCAGUCCAUCAGGCGCAUCCAGCACUGAGAGGAGAACAGGCUGAGACUGAGACAGCAGCUCCCCUCGACCUCUCUACCCAUUACCCUCUCCUCUUUCUUCCUGUCUCUCUUCAAUCCUUUCCUUCCUCUUGACUUGAGCCGCAACAGCCGCCCCAGCACCACUACUGAUUUACAGCCGCUGCCAGAGUGUGAUAAGAGACAAUAUCGCACCGUUGAAGCACAGGGAAACACGCGCUCCAAACACACACACAUACACACAAACACACACAUAACUGACACUCAUGCCGUGUCUUUUUAUUUGGUUUAGAGGUCCCUACACACUCGAACACAAACACACACACACACACACCUGCGCUGUACUCUCACCUGCGCUGGGCGAUGAGUAUGGAGCCAAAAUAGAGGGGAGAUGAAGCUCCAACAUACCAGGAUAAACCUCCCCGGCUGCACUCACCCUCCUUGGUGCAGCAGACUGCGCUGUGGUGCAGCUCAGAUGUGUUAAGGUGUUGUGUGUAGGAGGUUGAUCCACAGGUAGAUAACAAAUAAAGUCAUUUUCAAUUCA